GGAGGGCAGCGGAAGGUUGCCAGCAAGAGGACGCUACUCUGGGCUCAUCCCUGGUCCUUGCUCCUUCCAGUCUGAAUCCUGCUCAGAUCCCAUACACUCCUAGGACCAGAGACUGACUUCUGAUCACAAACUCCACUUUGACUCCAGACCUUUUUUUUUUUUCCUGAGCCACUCUCUUCUCGGGCCCAAAUCUCUCUGUGGGCACCAAGAUUCUCCUCCUCCGAUCUCAGACUACCCCUCGGACCCAUCUGAGACUACUUACCCCAGACUUACAACUCUGACUUCACUUCACCCCAGAUUCCUUUAAGUCUCCAACCCUACUUCAUCCAGACUGUUUUUUUCAUCUGCAGACCUCUCUUGAGCCUCCCUUCAAUCUCACAUCCUUUUCUGCACCCUAAAACUUCUCUUUUAAACCCCAGAUCCUUCUGGAAUCGCCCUGAUGUGUCAGCAAGGGAGAGUACCCCUUACUGAAGCCCACCCCAACUUUAGGAUCCUCAGAAGCAAACCCUCAGAUUCCACUCCAGGGAACUAAUUCAGUAGGCCAGAACACGAUCUUUGGAACCUUAAUAUUCGUCUGCAUUUUUCAGAAUUCUUGAUGUGGCUCUGGAACUAAGAGUUUUGGGGAAACAUUGCCAAGGAAUUUUAUUGGAAAACCCCAUGCCCUGGCCCAUUCCUCCAGUACAACUUUGAUGUGACUAAAGGGAAAAUAUUCACUGAAUGGAUGAAAGGAGCAACUACAAACAUCUGCUACAAUGUGCUGGAUCGAAAUGUCCAUGAGAAAAAACUUGGCGAUAAAGUUGCUUUUUACUGGGAGGGCAAUGAACCAGGGGAGACCACCAAGAUCACAUAUCGUGAACUUCUGGUCCAAGUGUGUCAGUUCAGCAAUGUUCUCCGUAAACAGGGCAUUCAGAAGGGUGACCGAGUGGCCAUCUACAUGCCUAUGAUCUUGGAACUUGUGGUGGCUAUGCUGGCAUGUGCUCGCCUUGGAGCUUUGCACUCCAUUGUGUUCGCAGGUUUCUCUGCAGAGUCUCUCUGUGAAAGGAUCUUGGAUUCCAGUUGCAGCCUUCUCAUCACCACAGAUGCCUUCUACAGGGGGGAAAAACUUGUGAACCUGAAGGAGCUGGCUGAUGAGUCCUUGGAGAAGUGCCGAGAGAAGGGUUUCCCAGUAAGAUGCUGCAUUGUGGUCAAACAUGUGGGGCGGGCAGAGCUGGGCAUGAAUGACUCUCCCAGCCAGUCUCCCCCAGUUAAGAGGCAGUGUCCAGAUGUCCAGAUCUCCUGGAAUGAAGGGGUUGACCUGUGGUGGCAUGAACUCAUGCAAGAAGCAGGGGAUGAGUUUGAGCCUGAAUGGUGUGAUGCUGAGGACCCACUCUUCAUCUUGUAUACCAGUGGCUCCACAGGCAAACCCAAGCUCUGUGCAGGCUCCAUCUGUUGGUCAGUAGAGAUGGACACAAAACCCCAACCUGAGGACCCAUUCUCCCCACAGGGUGUGGUACACACAAUUGGAGGCUACAUGCUCUAUGUGGCUACAACUUUCAAGUAUGUGUUUGAUUUCCACCCGGAGGAUGUGUUCUGGUGUACAGCAGACAUUGGCUGGAUCACUGGUCAUUCCUAUGUCACCUAUGGGCCACUGGCCAAUGGUGCCACCAGUGUUUUGUUUGAGGGGAUCCCCACAUACCCAGAUGAGAGCCGCUUGUGGAGCAUUGUGGACAAAUACAAGGUGACCAAGUUCUACACGGCACCAACAGCAAUUCGGAUGCUCAUGAAGUUUGGAGAUGAGCCUGUCACCAAGCAUAGCCGGGCAUCCUUGCAGGUGCUGGGCACAGUAGGUGAACCCAUCAACCCUGAAGCCUGGCUAUGGUACCACCGGGUAGUAGGUUCCCAGCAUUGCCCCAUUGUAGACACCUUCUGGCAAACAGAAACGGGUGGCCAUAUGCUGACCCCUCUCCCUGGUGCCACACCCAUGAAACCUGGUUCUGCUUCUUUCCCAUUCUUUGGUGUAGCACCUGCAAUCCUGAAUGAGUCUGGGGAAGAGCUGGAAGGUGAAGCUGAAGGUUAUCUGGUGUUCAAGCAGCCCUGGCCAGGGAUCAUGCGCACAAUUUAUGGGAACCACACACGUUUUGAGACCACGUACUUUAAGAAGUUCCCUGGCUACUAUGUGACAGGAGAUGGCUGCCGGCGGGAUCAGGAUGGCUAUUACUGGAUCACUGGCAGGAUUGAUGACAUGCUCAAUGUAUCUGGACAUCUUCUGAGUACAGCAGAGGUGGAAUCAGCACUUGUAGAACAUGAGGCUGUUGCAGAGGCAGCUGUGGUGGGCCACCCUCAUCCUGUGAAGGGCGAAUGCCUCUACUGCUUUGUCACUCUGUGUGAUGGCCACACCUUCAGCUCCACCCUCACUGAAGAACUCAAGAAGCAGAUUAGAGAAAAGAUUGGUCCCAUUGCCACACCAGACUAUAUCCAGAAUGCACCUGGCUUGCCUAAAACACGCUCAGGCAAAAUCAUGAGGCGAGUACUCCGGAAGAUUGCUCAGAAUGACCAUGACCUGGGGGACACGUCUACAGUGGCUGACCCAUCCGUCAUCAAUCAUCUCUUCAGUCACCGCUGCCUGACCACCCAGUGAUCACGAUUCUUGUCCAGGAUUUCCCUGUGUGUGGCUCUCCAAACUUCUGCCCAUCCACCCUGCACGCUGCCCCGGAGUACAAGGGCCAAUGCUGGUUUACACUUUGUUUGAAACUAGGGAGACAGUUUCCUAGACUGCCAGGUAGAAGGGACAGGGCACAGGUCAACCUCAGACUGAUAUGCUCCUGGACUACAGAGAGGUCUCCAAGCCCAGAACAGAUACUUAACACCAUGUCCUCAACCACAGUUAGCUAGUCAGAGUGUAAAUGAGGGCCGAGACAGAAGCAGGGCAGUAGCUCUAACCCUUUCAGCUUUCUAAAGAGCACCAGUUCUUAUCUUGGUCAAACCCAAGCCUUUCGAAAUGACAGCUUGUGAGUCUAUGAAUGAUUAUUUUUUAAAAUUCUUUAUUGCUUCUGUUCUGAGUCUGAAUUCUUUGCCAGAUGGUAGCACUUGUCUGUUCAUUUGCUAGAAACUGUGUGGGUGGGUUCAGUCUCCAGAGGGUUUUCAUAUCAUCUGUCUCAUUGAAAGAGUAAGAUAUGCUCUGUUCCUAGAACCAAGGGAGUUAACGUUCCUAGUCCUGCCCUAUGAACAGAACCCUGCCCACAAGGGGCACUCUUGAGUGAAACUUUCUUUCCUUGUACUUUUUGUGCUCAAGACUAACUGGUGUAGGAAUAAAGUUCAUGAGCUCAA